GUCGUACUUGGCGCUCAUUGUAUCCAUCCUUGCUCGGAUCUAUUUGUUAUCGUACCAUUUAUAAGAAUACGGGUAACAAGUGUGCCCAGAUCUCACAGCCGUGACAGCACUCGCGAACAGGUGCGAAGCGAAUAAUUAUAUGCCUCUCUUCGGGCGGGUCUCUCGUUAGCAGAACAGCAUUGUAUAUAUAAGCCUUCAUUCCAAACCAGUUUGUACCGUAACAUUAUCUUUCCUAUUUCCCUAUCACCAUGGUCAAGGAAAGUCGAGUUGAUGUCCUCAUCAUUGGCGCGGGUCCAUCUGGGCUCAUGUGUGCCAAUGCAUUAGCUGGCGCUGGAGUGGAUUUCAGAAUCAUAGACAAUAGGCCGAUCGGUGUGCCCGCUGGGCAAGCAGAUGGCAUACAGCCUAGGACGAUCGAAGUUCUUCAAAGUUAUGGUUUGGCAGAGCCUUUGCUGAGGGACGGUGCCCAGAUGCAUCUUUGUGCCUUUUACAACCCUGGUCCUAAUGGCGGUAUCGAACGUACUGGUCGGGCUGCCGACGUGACAGCGCCAACGGCCCGUUAUCCCUUCAAGAUCACGAUCGCACAAGCGACAAUUGAAGAGCUGUUCAUCGACUCCUUGAAGUCCCAGGGAGUAACAGUCGACCGUCCGAUUGUACCCUCUUCCCUAGAAGUUUCCCAAGAUGCCGAGGAACUUCUCGACCCAACAUCGUACCCUGUAAAGGUGGUCUUGGACCACAUACUUCCUUCAGGCACUACUACAGAACAGGAAAUCGUUCAUGCGAAAUUCGUUCUCGGUGCAGAUGGCGCGCACUCGUGGGUCCGGAAAACUUUGGGAUUUUCGAUGGAUGGGGAGCAAACAGAUUACAUUUGGGGUGUGAUUGACUUCAUUCCAGACACCGACUUCCCGGACAUUCGCAACCGUACCGCAAUCCACUCCAGUAACGGUUCAUGUAUGAUUAUACCGCGCGAAGGAGACAAAGUCCGGUUCUACCUGCAGAUGUCGGAUAAGGACGUCAUGGAUCCUGAGACAGGGCGAAUCGACAAAAACAAGGUGACCGCUGAGAAUCUCAUCGACGUUGCACGCAAAACAUUUUACCCAUAUACAGUCAAUGAACCAAAGGAAGUCGAUUGGUGUUCAAUUUACAUCAUUGGUCAACGUGUAGCCUCCAGGUUCUCUAAGAAUGAGCGCGUCUUCAUCGCUGGUGACGCUUGUCACACGCACUCUCCGAAAGCAGGGCAGGGUAUGAAUGCAAGCAUGAACGACACCCACAACCUUGCGUGGAAGCUAGCACAAGUCCUUCGGGGCAGGGCAGAUAUUUCCCUUUUGAAGACUUACGAGCUUGAGCGCCAGAAAUAUGCCCAAGAUCUCAUUGAUUUCGAUCGGGAGUUCUCUGCUCUAUUUUCUGGCAAACCGAGGACAUCAGAAAACGAGGAGGGUGUCACUCAUGAAGAAUUCUUGAGGGCUUUCCAGGCUUCUGGCGGCUUCAGCAGUGGUAUCGGUGUCCACUACAUGCCUUCAGCGAUUGUCGAUGCUACUCAUCAAAGCUCCGCGCCAGAGAUCAUCAUUGGCCAGCGGAUGCUGCCGCAAGUGUUUGUUCGUGCAGCAGACGCUCGUCCAGUUGAGAUUCAAGACAUGCUUCCCGCGGACACGCGCUUCAAGCUUCUUCUUUUCGUUGGUCUUCUGACACCGGAGAAGCUCGUGAAUGUCCGAAGGCUUGCUGAGGAGUUACAACUCCCCACAAGUUUCCUGCAGAGAUACGAUUACGCUGCCCAGGGCAAGGCACAGUCUAUGUUUGACAUCAUUUCAAUAACCGCGGGUCGCAAGGAUGAUGUGAACUUCCUUGACCUUCCGCCGAUCUUCAGGACACACUGGUCUAAGGUCUUGAUUGAUGAUACGGAUGUGACGGGCCGUUUGGGUGGGGGCGCAUAUCCUAGAUUCGGAAUUGAUGAGAAGGAAAUAACGCUGGUAGUUGUUCGGCCUGACGGUUAUGUUGGUAUGAUCGCGCCAUCCACGGCACUAGGGAGCAUGGAUAAGUACUUCGGGUCAUUCCUGAUAGGAAAAACGUUGAGCCUGGGGGAAUAGUGGCUUGCCGUACCAUAUCACGUUCCUUCUGACAUAUCUUUGUAGCAUAUUGCCGAUAUCCAUAUCCCUGGGGUUGAUGAUGUAUUCCUCCAAUGUUCAAUCAACGACUGAAGAUAGUUUGAUCACACUACUAUGGCUUGAACAUUGUAGAACCAAAAAGCACUCAUGUAUAUACCUUGCCAGAGCGAA